GGCUCAGCCCGGAACACCACAGCCGCUACUGCAUGUAUCGCGUGUACAGCAGGCUCCUUUUCUCCUACUGAAGGAGCUAUAGUAUGUACUGACUGCAGUGCUGGUACCUUCUCAAAUGAAACAGGGUCCACGGUGUGCAGCAACUGCGCAGCUGGUUCAGCACAGAAUAACACAGCUGCUACAAGCUGUGACUUGUGUUCACCAGGGUCUUUCUCUGAAAUGGCAGCCAAACUCUGUACUGACUGCGCUCCUGGAACUUAUGCUGACAAAUCAGGAUCUCUGAAAUGUGAUAACUGUGCGGCUGGCUCCUUCCAGAACUCAACAGGGGCUGUGAAAUGUAGUGUCUGCAGUGCAGGUUCCUUCUCAGUAGAGGCAGCCCCCCUCUGUACUCCCUGCCACGCAGGGCAGUAUGCUGGUACCCCUGGAUCUGUUAACUGCAGUGCCUGUGCUUUGGGGAGUUCUACUGAUGGGAACGCGGGUGCUGCUAAGUGCGAUGAUUGUGUAGCUGGAAAGUUUGCAAACGUAACAGGGUCCCCGAUAUGUGCUUCUUGCCCCGUUGGUUCCUCAACUGGAAAUAACACUGGAGCCACUGUGUGCGAGACUUGUUCUGCUGGAAAAUUUUCAAAUAGCACAGGGUCUGCCAUUUGUACAGCCUGUCAAGCUGGUUCAUCAACACUAAACAUCACCGGGUCUGACAGCUGUUCUCUCUGUAGACCAGGCAGCUUUAGCAGCGAUGAUGGAUCAGCAGUGUGCUCGGUAUGUCCGGGAGGACAAUACUCCGAUAAGAACGGUACCACCACUUGCAGCUUGUGUGCAGCCGGUAACUACUCCGAGCCGAACGCCACCGUGUGUAACAUGUGCACGCCAGGACUGUUUAGUAACACCACAGGGUCCGCAGAGUGUACUAAAUGUGCUGCUGGGUCCUCUACUGAGUCACUCCGAGGAUCAACUAACUGCACGCUGUGCACUGCCGGUCACUUUGCUGCACGUGCGGGAUCCCCCUCGUGCGAUCCCUGUGCUGUAGGAACCUCCACAGAAGACAAAGCUGGAGCUGAUAAGUGUCCUUUAUGUGAAGCAGGGUUCUUUGCUGAGGACACUGGUUCUUCUAGUUGUGAUUCUUGUCCUGCUGGUUCCUACUCGGACUCAGCAGGAUCUUCUGUCUGUACGGUCUGUGCAGCUGGAACCGUCUCCGCAGCUCCUGCAUCAGUAACCUGCUCUCUUUGUGCUGCUGGUACUACCUCUCCUGUUAACUCUACUGCAUGUACUGAUUGUGGGGCUGGUAGUUUCGCUGAUAAGGCUGGGUCUCCUGAGUGUAGUCUUUGUGCUGCUGGUAGUUACGCAGACAAAACAGGGAGUGUGGACUGUACCGACUGUGUACCAGGAUCCUAUCAGGACCAGACAGGACAGACUGUGUGCGCUCUCUGUGCACAAGGAUCUUAUCAGGAUAAGAAAGGAGGUGCAGUAUGUAAAUCAUGUGCUAACAGCAGAACUUACACAACCUACAAAACUGGUUCAAUAUCAGAGGAUGCUUGUCAAGGACCACUACUCAACUUCACCAUAGCUGGUAAAGUAAGCCAGUUGACAGACAACGACACUCUAACAGUGCCCGAGUCCUCUACUCUGGUUCUCACUGCAGUCAGUGGUAACUGGAUUGCAAGGAAUCCUAGCAAUCCUUACUCUGAGACCGUCUUCUUGAUGCAGGGAGACAAAAAGACUCUAAAAGGGCCAAAAGUGAUACUGGAACCCAUGAUGACGAACAUAUUCUGUUACAAGGAUACCGAGGGGCAUGGAGCACGGUUUGCUGGAUAUCAGGACAAGGACAUCAAGGGAAGACAGUGCGAGAGCCCUUGUCGUAACACAGAAAGUCUGCCAAUCGGGCCACAUUGCCAAGUACAGAACGAAACCUCCCCUUGUGGGAUACCUCAGUGUAUCUGGGACGUGGAGUGUUCUGCAGGGGAUGGGACAGGGUAUAGAGGACUAGUUAAUAAGGCUACUUUAGAGGGAGGCAGAUCUGCUACAUGUCAGCGUUGGGAUAAAGACUAUCCUCAUGUUCAAACCUUCCAUCCAACUACAUAUAACACAGCCAAAUACGGAAUUGGCAAAGAUAACUCCUGCAGGAACCCAGACCCAAGGAACAUCCAGAAACCUUGGUGUUACACCACUGACCAUUGGACCAGGUUUGGGGAAUGUUCUGUUCCGGAGUGCGGUGCUGCUUUUGAUUACUUCAAACACUGAUCAAAGUUAGACGGAUUCCAGAUUUAUAGUGUCAGAGAUUUUAGUUAAGCUACUUAAAUUUCUCAUUUUGAUUUAUCCAUUAGCCGGACUGAAUGGUUUAAUGUCAAUGGGAGGACUCGAGUUAUGAGUAGCA